AUGCAGGGACUAUCUGAGGACGAGAACGAAGAAGCGACGCCCAGAAAGCGGGUGCAAGCAGAUCACGAGUUGGCCACCCUGGCUCCAGUUCACGUUGUUCGUCACGCCUUGCCUGCAAAGUUGGCAGAUGAGAUCGUGCGCGGAAAAGAGUUCAUGACUCCACGGACUUCCGCGAUUUAUGAGUUCAGCAGUGACAUUGCCCAAGCAACUUCAAGGGGAGAUGAUGAGCAUGGCAAGGAGGAGAGCCGUGUGAAGUGCGAACCAUCUGCAGCUCUUCAACAAGCAGGAAACAUCAUGCAGGACCUGGUGCGGACAAGGCGAUCGCAAACAAACUGGAUCCCCACUUUGGCAUUGGGAAACCGCUAUGACAAUGGGAAAGCCUGUGUUGGCUGGCAUUCAGAUUUCUUGAAUUCUCUGGGACCGCGGCCGAUUAUCGUGGGUCUGUCGCUUGGAUCUUGGGUGUUGGACAUGUGGUGGGCAAUGCAGACGCCGCUGUCUCUCUUUGAGUUUGAGGCUAUCAUCAUGUGGGAUGAUUGUCAAGAAGAGUGGCAGCAUUCGGUUCCACGACAGUCUGACUCGACCAUCGGCGCUCAGGUGCUGAGCCAUGGAGAAGACAUGCUGCAGAAUGAGGGGUGUGGCUUCUGGGAGCUGUGCCCAUGGGCUCAAGAAGAGGCAGAACGCCUGAGGCAGAAGGCCAAGAUGGAAAUGCAGAAAGCUCCGCCGCAACAGCAACCAGAAGAGCCACAUAAAUUCCCGCUUCAAACUAGAAGUGCCAGCAGCAGCCGGCGUGCACCAGACCACUCCUUGGAAUCCACAUCUGGCACAGAAAAACAUGCGUUCCGUUCAUCUGGUGGCAAGGAUGCUGACUUGCAGGCUGUGUGCGUGGAGGUGUCUGAUGAGGACAUCCCUGGAUCUUGA